GAAAGCGCCCAGUUCCUCCAGAAGACAGUCGGUAUACCCGUGGUUUGUUUCUGCUCUUCCGCUCACUUACCGUAGCUAAACUAUAUCUAGACCUCACGAAGGAGCAAGGACACAACACCAACGACGAGGAGAUAUCUGUUCUUGACCCGAACCGAGCCCGGCCAUGGACGAACAGGCAGGGCCCGGUGUUUUCUUCAAUAACAACAAUAACUCGAUUUUAGCCGGUGUGGGGAAGGUACUGCUACCGGAGGGGGAUGCAGGGGAAGCGGACAGGUCUCCGUACAGCAUCCCGGGGAUCCUACACUUCCUGCAACACGAAUGGGCUCGUUUCGAGGUGGACCGGGCUCAAUGGGAGGUAGAUCGGGCCGAAUUGCAGGCUCAGACGGCGUUCCUCCAGGGAGAGAGGAAAGGACAGGAGAACCUGAAGAAGGACCUGGUUAGGAGGAUCAAGAUGCUGGAAUACGUUCUCAAACAGGAGAGAUGGUGAGGAAGAAGCCACCAUCGUCAUCAUCACCGGCCCUCAAUAUGGACACUAGUGAGGACCCGGACGCAGAGGACGCCCUGAAAGGCUUCGACUUCCUGUCCAGCCCUGACAACAUGGACACAUCGCCUGAGUCCCGCAGCGCUGCGGACGGGACGGACUGGGAGAAGGAGGAGCAGUCUGCCAUGUCAGAGGCGUGGGACGUGGACCAGGGCUUGAUAACCAAACUCAAGGAGGAGUACAGGAAGGAGCGCAAGGGAAAGAAGGGGGAAAGAGUAAGACCUAACCGGUCUAAGCUCCAGGACAUGCUGGCCAACCUGAGGGACCAAGAGGACAUGAGUCCCAGAGAACCCUCUUCCCCCCAGGCCCGCUCCAACGCACCCAGGCUCAAUGAGCAGCACCAGGACAACCGCUCGGACGAAGUGGAGGUGCUGACCUUCCCUCCUUCCUCAGGAAAGUCCUUCAUAAUGGGUCCUGAUGAGAACAUGGAGGCUGAACUGGGACUGGGGGAGCUGGCUGGUCUUACCGUCGCCAACGAGGCUGAUAGCUUGGCGUACGACAUGUCCAACAACAAGGAUGCCCUGAGGAGGACGUGGAACCCCAAGUUGACCCUGCGGAGCCACUUUGACGGGGUCCGAGGUCUGGCGUUCCACCCCAUAGAACCGGUUCUGGUCACCGCCUCAGAGGACCACACGCUGAAGAUGUGGAACCUGCAGAAGACUGCCCCCGCCAAGAAGAAUGCCUCUGUAGAUGUGGAACCCAUGUACACGUUCAGGGCCCACCAGGGUGCAGUGCUGUGUGUUGUGAUGAGCAGUACAGGAGAGCAGUGUUUCAGUGGAGGGCUGGACGGCACCAUUCAGAGCUGGAACACACCGAACCCUAACCUAGACCCAUACGAUUCAUACGAGCCGUCUGUCCUGCGUGGGGCGCUGUGUGGUCAUACUGACUCGGUGUGGGGUCUGGUGUACAGUGGUGUUCAUCGGAGACUCCUGUCUUGCUCUGGAGACGGCACCGUCAAACUGUGGGACGCCUCCGAUACCAAGCCUGCCCUGGUCACCUUCCAAAAUAAAGAAUUUGGCGUGCCGUCCUCAGUGGACCUGCUCUGCAGUGACCCCGCCCACAUGGUGACAUCGUUCACCAGCGGUCGGAUUGGCCUGUUCAACAUGGAGACACAGCAACUAGUGCUCAGCCUGGAGUCUGCUGCAGAGACGGGUACCCGCUGUCAGAUCAACAAGGUGCUGAGUCACCCCACCCUCCCCAUCACCAUCACUGCUGAAGAGGACAGACACAUCAAGUUCUUCGACAACAACACAGGAAAGCUGAUCCACUCAAUGGUGGCCCACCUGGAUGCUGUUACCAGUCUAGCUGUCGACCCCAACGGGCUCUAUCUGAUGUCUGGCAGUCAUGACUGUUCUAUUCGUCUGUGGAACCUAGAGACUAAGACAUGUAUCCAGGAGUUUACAGCUCACAGGAAGAAGAAUGAUGAGUCUAUCCAUGAUGUGGCCUUCCACCCCUCUAAGGCCUACAUCGCCUCCGCCGGGGCAGACGCUCUUGCCAAGGUGUUCGUAUGACGAGGACCAAUCAGCCCACCGACACGGCCUCCCAGCACCAGGGAUCAAUAGAGACACAGGAGGGGCGGGACCUUAAGAAACGAGCGUGUGAGGUUCCACGCAGACUUCCCCUCAUAUAUAUCACCUCUCACACUACUGGUUCCCUGUUUUGACUGGUGGAUGAUGCAGCCAAUGGCCACUUCUAAGCCCCAGACUAGGCCCGCCUCCAGAGGGAUAGGGCCAGGGCUGUGGUUGGCUCAGAGGUCUGUUAGGGGAACUGCGAUUGGGCACAAGGCUUCCUCAUCCCUGUGCAAUCCAGGCAGGCCCCUGGGUAUGACCGGCCACAAAGACCCUCUUUCUCGAAUCCGGGGCCAAUGAACACCCACACAGACUGAUACUAUUGUCUUCAGACUAACCUUAUGGUCUGUCUUCCCUUCACAGCUAGCGAGAGCGUUGAAGACGGACAGACAGGUGUUUUAUAGUGUAGACUCACUAGAGAGGUGGAGCACCAUGCCCUACCCCCUCCUCAUGUCGUCAUGCCCAUUAACCAGAACCCCAAGCCCCCCCAUUUCCCCAAUCUCUAGGCCCAGACUUCUCCCUUCAGAUCAGGCCGUCUGCUCCCUGGUCCCUCCUCCUCCUCCAAGUCACUUCCAGUGUUGUGUUGGAGAUGCUGGCUGGCUGUCUUAGAUGGAAGCAUCUCGCUUUUCCCCCUCUGUCUCCCCGGGCUGACUCUGUCUCCCCGGGCUGACUCUGCCUCCCCGGGCUGACUCUGCCUCCCCGGGCUGACUCUGCCUCCCGGGCUGACUCUGCCUCCCCGGGCUGACUCUGCCUCCCCGGGCUGACUCUGCCUCCCCGGGCUGACUCUGUCUCUGCCCACCCACCAGCCAGCCAGUUUCUCUCUCUGCUUUCCUUUUAAAAAUACUUAUUAAAAAAUGUGCCUUUGCUUUAAAAAAAAGUCUUGAGACAAAAGUUAUUUUACAGAGCAUCUGUUUUUGCGGGGGGCAGACAGCGUUGAUAGGGAAAGGUUGUCACGAUGGUGUCCAUUUUAACAAAAAUAUUGGAUGUAGAAUUACAAAUACGUAUAAUAAACAAAAUAUAUAUUAAGUCUUAAAACUGACUGAGAGUUUGAGUGCUCUUUUUUUUAUAUAUAUAUAAAAAGCAUGGGUGAAAAGAAGCCUUGUCCCCAGAUCAGUUUGUUCUGUCUUGCCAUUGACCAUAUAAGAGUUGAAAAGAAAAGCACUAACAGGUCUGGGACCAGGGUAGAAGGGAAUCAGCCAAACAGACGAUCAAGUUAAUAUUUCCUAUUUGUUAGAAGAAUUCCUUGUUAUAAAACUGCAACAGCAACAACAUGUUUCCAAAGUAAAUCAUCUGGUUCUACAAUAGGAGUUUUAAGUAUGUUGGUCCAUCUUUACAAUGCCAGACACUGCGUUUGGCCUGCAGUGUGCUCAGUGGACACUGCGUUUGGCCUGCAGUGUGCUCAGUGGACACUGCGUUUGGCCUGCAGUGUGCUCAGUGGACACUGCGUUUGGCCUGCAGUGUGCUCAGUGGACACUGCGUUUGGCCUGCAGUGUGCUCAGUGGACACUGCGUUUGGCCUGCAGUGUGCUCAGUGGACACUGCGUUUGGCCUGCAGUGUGCUCAGUGGACACUGCGUUUGGCCUGCAGUGUGCUCAGUGGACACUGCGUUUGGCCUGCAGUGUGCUCAGUGGACACUGCGUUUGGCCUGCAGUGUGCUCAGUGGACACUGCGUUUGGCCUGCAGUGUGCUCAGUGGACACUGCGUUUGGCCUGCAGUGUGCUCAGUGGACACUGCGUUUGGCCUGCAGUGUGCUCAGUGGACACUGGGUGUGAAACGUCUCAGAGUAGGGGAGCAUCCCAAAUGGCGCCCUAUUCCCUAUAUAGUGCACUACUUUUAGGGUCCAUAGGUUCCUGGUCUAAAGUAGUGCACUAUAUAGGGAAUAGGGUGCCAUUUGGGAUGCUAUCCCCGAGAGCUGUAGUACAGUACAAUAUGUUAUGUUCAUACAAAAAGCAACCCAUUUUUUUUUGUUCCACAAAUCCAUCAAAAUAUCCAUGUAAAUUACAAGUUCAAAUGAGCUAUUUUCUCAGACCGUAACGGUCACUGGUUUGCAUAUGAAAGUCUGUUCUCAUUAAAACUGCUGUAAAAUA